GUCUCCUCAUUCAAAUAACAUUAUAGAAUCGAAGUCGACGUGUACUAACAUAAUGAAUGCUUAGUACACGUCGACUUGCAGCGCACCUGUUUACCGUCUGUACCGCCCACCACUUCCCGGCCCUCAGCGCAAUUGCUGACAUUCGGGGUCUGUUCAGUUUCAUCGACAGCGCAGUUGAGUGCAGAGCUGACGAGCUUCAGUGAACAGGACAUUAUCCACGGAAAUUGUGUACGCUGAAGUCGCCCCGUGAUUCGCCCUUUACUUCUUCAUCAACUCCUCGCGCUCCCCCGGACCGCAACGCCGUAGCCAUGAAAGUCGCGUCCAAAGCCUGCGCGGUGAUCUUCCUCGGGCUGGUCGUCUCGGCGCUGACGUCGGCUGAGCGGGAAAUCAGAGCUGACACUAGCAAGUACGAGGUAUCCUACGACCCCUCCAGCUCUCCUAACCCUCGAGCUGGUGACGUCUUCGACAAGUUCGAGCUGGACAUGGACUCUAGUGGACCGAAAUCCCGCUUGUUCUCCAAGUGCCAAGCCUUAGCCAACACCUUCGAGGGAAGUCUGUAUUCUGUUACCAUCUCGGAAAAUAUUGAAUACCAUCGCUUCGCCCCUCUUCAAAGUCGUGCGAUAGAAUGGACAAAAUUAACAAUUGAUGGUGACACAGGAGUCCUAGCGUGCAUCCUGAAGGCGGCCGAGCUUAUGGCCUGGAUGGUCAAGUACGAAGGCAAAUGUCUUGCCACAUUCAGCGACGUCUACAACUCCACUGAAGAACAGAGCUGCGACAACCCCCAAGAGGUCGUUUACGUCAUCAAAGGCUUUAACACGUUCAUGAACGCCCGCGUGCCGUUCUUCGAGUACAACGACUGCUACAAGAGCUUGCCGACCGGCAUGGUUUUUCCCGACUCGUUUAUUAUGCCGCCUCUAAGAAACUGCUGCGCUUACCUCGACGAUCACAAGAACUGCUACGAUUUUCCAACCAACGUAUCUUCGUUCUGUCAAGCAAAAUUGCAUUGCCAAGCCCUGGGUCUGACUCUCGCAAAUCAUGAAUUAUAUGUGGAUCUCUCUGAGGAUUGGCGGAUUCUUGAUACCUUAAACCCAUUAUGGGAUGAUCCUGCCAUGAAAUUUGGCAGAUAUCUGGCGAUCGACUACAGCCGCGGAAAGGACGGCGUGUGGCGUUGGCCUGGAGGCGAGGAGGAGUCGUUUCCAUGGGGUGUGCAACCAGAAGACUACCACGAUUGUGCACUUGUUCUUUUCACUGAAGGUGAACUCUUAGUUCCGGUCCGUUGCAGUGACAGCAUCGAACGAGCACUUUGUAUGGAAACUCAAAGUGCUAAGCAGCAAUGUCCCACUGGCUUCUAAUCGAACAAGACCUUUCCUAGGUGGACAAAUGACACUUAAUCUUUAAAAGUUCAUUUAGAAUUGCUGCUCUGUAAUGGACAUAAAUCUUCUAUUCCAUUCAGACAUAAUUACAGUUUGCUACUCCAAUCGCAAGUAAUUCCUGUUCAUACAUAUUUUACGAUCUAAAUUGUAAUUAUUAACUCUGGAGCAGAAAAAUUUCGCACAUCUCCGCCUUAUUGGAUGAUCACAAUAUAUGUUGUUAUUAAAAUUGAUUGCAGGACCUCGAAGAGUAUUGUCAUCAUCUAGAAAACUAGUACACCGCAGGUCCUUCAUAAACCAAAAAAUAUCCGAAAGUUUUAAAAAUUAGCUGCAAUCAAAAUUAGGUUUAUCCGUCUGAAUCAUUGCCCUUAUGUCAAGUUAAGGACUUUCUUGUUCAUGGCCGCGCUGAAGCGCCGCCUUCAUCGUCCGCCGUCCCUUAAGCAGUCGAUAGGCAGGACGCCCUUCUCCGGAGCCUGUAGGUUAUGUUGGACACGACCACCGUGCAUCUGCCCUCAUUUGAGCCAGAUGAUACCAAAUGUUUUUGCUCGUCUCGCGGUCGUGCGCAAAUGUUUCGGCAGCAUGGAUAUGCAUGCCCAUUUUUUUGACCUAAAUAUAAAUAAAUCAUCACGGUCUUGCGCUGAUACGACCGAGGGGAUUUAUGACUGGGUUUCUCUUGGCCCUAACAGCCUUAACUUUCUGCAGAGCACCCCAUGGUCAACUUCUUCAAGAGCUUUCGCAGGCUCAGUAAUUUUUGGAAUCUGUCUCUCGGACCUUCCUUGCGAAUUGUCUCUAUCAGUCUCACUUUGAAGCUCUAGCGAAAAAUUCCCUCCAUCAAUGUGACUUUCCAGAGGAUUGGGAGUGGAGCCUUCAGUUCUCCAAAAAGCAUUUCUUCAGCAGGACUGUCGGUACUCCAUCGGUCCCUGGUUUCUGAAAAUGUCGCCAGUUCUUCGAUGCUUCUAUCUGUGUCUUCUGGUCCAACAUCAAUGUUGUCCAGCCUCUUCCGACUGAAAGCUCCAGGAGGUCUUUGAUUUCAUUCUCCUGCCUAGAAUGAGGGGAAUUACUGAAAACUGAUUUUGGUUGCGCUUUCAGCAGCUCACACAUGUCCUGUCCAUCUUCAACGAGGACCUCAUUAUUCUUUAGCGGCCCAUCUGUGGCCUUUAUUUUAGCCUUGGGAUGAGCAUAUUUCAAGAUAUACUUGGGGUUCUCUCUGAUGACCUCAACCAUUCGCUCUCCAGCAGCUCGCUCUUCUAUCCUAUGCGAGUCCUGCAACCUACUUUCAGUUUCCUUGUGGAUCUCUAACAGUCUCUGUCUGCUAAACUCACGAGUGGAUUUUACUUGUUUAUUAAUUUGUUUGUUUGUUUAUUUAAAUCGUGCGUUUCCUCAUGAGAAUUCGUCGGUCUCUGCAAAUUUAGGGCCCAUUCUCCUCGUACGUGGUAGGACGUACGCAUAACAGUGCUAGUUUUUCGCAUAGUUCUGUGUUAAUUUUAUAAACAUUUCUCUCGUGAAACUCUUUUCACGAAACAAAUUUGCGAGUUGAUUCUGAAUUGCUUCGCAACCAGUUCUUCAAUGGUGGAACUUGAUUGGCGGAUCUCUCUGCCAUGAGAUGUUUGUCCUACGAAAUUUCGAAGAAUUUUAGCCCGUACUCACUCUUAGCCUGUUCGUGCAUCGAUUAUCUAAAAGCCCUUCAAUUGGACUUCUGACGCUUUUCUGUGCUCGUCAGAAGUCCUAUGGGAUUUCACGCUCCUUGGGGGAUUGUUCCUGAGCGAUCCACCGCUGAGCUCGAGGUUUUUAUUUGACUGUAGGUCUCAGUUGUGAGGUUAAGUUAUUAUGUAGGCAAGCUCCUUUGUACUCCCCUUUCUGUCUCUCUCGUGCGGGCGGCCGACGUCCCGUGUAAGCGACCUCUUGUU